AUGUCUAUGUCCAAACCCAGAAUCCAUCCCAUAAUCAAACUCUUCCUCCUACUCAUUUUAGUCCAAAUCCAUUUUUCAGUUCGCACGGGGGCUUCAAAUUUUGAAGACAGUGCAAUUGAUGCCUUAGUGAAAAGGGGUUGUACCCAGAAGAUUGGAGAAUGCUAUGAAGAGGCCGAGAUGGAAUCAGAGAUCAGCAGGAGAGUUUUGUUGAUGCAGAAGAGGUAUAUAAGCUACGAGACACUCAGGAGGGACAUGGUUCCUUGUGCAAAACCAGGAGCUUCAUACUACGCUUGUCAUGCUGGACAGGCAAAUUCCUACAGCAGGGGCUGUGAGGUCAUCACAAGAUCUGGGGAUUUCCAAUUGAAAGGAUUUCAAAGCCUUUGGGGAAGUUUAAGAUGA